CCGAGCACAUAUUGAUUUCUAACCCUUUCCUUUUGUUUUGAACUUGGCGGGUUUCCCAUUUUAUUUCAUCCUCAAAACCCUGAAACCCUAACUCAUUUCUUCAUGAAUUAGACUUUUCACUUUCUCCCUCCCUGAUGCAAACAACAGCCAUGAAAGUGAUAAGAUCAUUCUACACUUACAGAAACCGUUUGCUCUUAAAACCCAACCCAAUUUCUCUCUCCCGCCAUUUCCACCUCACCACCUCCCCUUUCCUUUGCAAAAAAUCUGGUCUCGCUGUCCAUUCCUCCGCAAACGACCCCACUCCCAUUGACAACUCCAAAAAUGCCCCUCUAGUUUGGAGUGUUUUCGACCCAAUCUCGGAUGGGACGGGGAAGCAGAGUGGCGCCAGCAGUAGUGCUGAGUUUAGAGAAUCAGAGCUCAGGCUGUCCAGUUUUGAUGAGAAAGUGGAUGGCUUAGCGGGAGAGAAUUUAAUCAAACGAGAGAAAACCCAGAUGGGAUUGCCGAGUAAUCGUAAUGAAAUAGAGGAUUUGAAGAAGGAAAAGAGAUAUAUGGGUGUGAAGAAGGGGAGUUCAGUUAAUGGGGCGGUGGGAUCUGGGGAUAGAGCGGUGUAUAGGACGAAGGGGAAAAGUAAAACCAGUUGGGUUUGCGAAAUUUGUGGGUUUACAUCAGGGCAAUGGUGGGGGUCUUGUCGUUCCUGCAAUGAAGUAGGGACAAUGAAGCAAUUUUUUGAGGCGAAAAUUGGGAGUGGGAAUAAGGUGAGUGGGAUCGAGGCUUCGGAGAAUGCAGUGCGGUCUUGGCUGCCACAGAAGCCUGGGGAGUUGCGUCCUUUGAGGCUGACAGAUGUGAAUCGUGGGAUGAAUAUGUUGAAUUGGCGUAUUCCUUUGUCUGGACUUUUUGGAAGUGAAGUUGAAAGGGUGCUUGGGGGUGGUCUUGUUCCAGGUUCUUUGGUUUUGGUUGGUGGCGAUCCUGGGGUCGGCAAGAGCACACUGUUAUUGCAGGUUGCUGCAAUAAUAGCUGACAGUGAGGAUCUUGGUGGAUCAGCUCCAGUUGUAUAUGUUUCUGGUGAAGAGAGUGUAGAGCAAAUUGGAAACAGAGCUGACCGUAUGGAGAUUGGAACUGAGGAGCUUUACUUGUAUUCCAGUACUGAUAUUGAGGAUAUACUUGGAAAAAUUCAGCAUCUCUCCCCCCGUGCUCUGAUUAUUGAUUCAAUUCAAACAGUUUAUCUGAAAGGAGUUGCUGGAAGUGCUGGAGGACUGUCACAGGUUAAGGAAUGCACAUCAGCCCUGUUGCGUUUUGCGAAGACAACUAACAUCCCAAUACUUUUGAUUGGACAUGUGAAUAAAUCUGGAGAUAUUGCAGGGCCUCGUGUAUUGGAGCACAUUGUUGAUGUUGUCUUAUAUAUGGAAGGGGAGAAGUACUCAUCUCAUCGGUUGCUUCGACCUGUGAAGAAUCGUUUUGGGUCCACAGAUGAGCUUGGAGUUUUUGAAAUGUCACAGUUGGGUCUGGCAGUUGUUUCCAAUCCAAGUGAGAUAUUCUUAACUGAGCAACACUCAGAUUCAGAUUUUUUAGCUGGGCUAGCUGUUGCUGUAAUAAUGGAUGGAUCUCGAAGUUUCCUUAUUGAAAUUCAGGCACUCUGUGUCUCUGGUUCAUCAGUUUCAAGGCACAUUAAUGGAAUCCAAUCAAGCCGAGCUGACAUGAUCAUUUCUGUUCUUAUAAAGCAAGCUGGUUUAAUGCUCCAAGAGAAUGCCAUCUUUUUGAAUGUUGUUAGCGGGGUAAUGCUGACAGAGACUGCUGGUGAUGUUGCAAUAGCAGCUGCAAUUUGCAGCAGUUUCUUGGAAUUUCCCAUUCCCAAUAACAUUGCAUUCAUCGGAGAAAUUGGCCUUGGUGGUGAGCUUCGUGCAGUACCCAGGAUGGAGAAAAGAGUACAUACUGUCGCGAAACUGGGAUAUAAAAUGUGCGUAAUCCCGAAAUCAGCUGAAAAAUCUCUUGCAAAUCUAGGUUUCCAAGGGAUGAAAAUUGUUGGGUGCAAGAAUCUAAAAGAAGUCAUCAACACUGUAUUCAAGGCUUGAUGAAAUGAAGUUGGAAAUUAUUCUGCCAUUUUUUGCACACAGGGCUGGUGGAGAGAUGUAAUGCUUUGUACAUAUUGUAUUUGUUAUUGUUAGAAAAUCUGUAGUCAUGUUAAAAUGUUUAAUGGAUUUGAUAUGAUCGUGUUUCUCUGAUCAAUUCCCUCGUGAAUCAAUCCUUAAUGGUGUUCUAUAUAUGGCC